CAGGGUCGGUGUGUGGAAAAGGGCGAGGAGGUGCACGGCGCAGCGGGCCCGCGGUACCGUCGGCCACGGCGAGGUUCAGUUCACCCUUUCCGCGCUUCUCCGGCCCACGUGGCCCGCGCUCACGCCGUUACGUCGCCGAGGACGUCGAAUCUUCCGCCGGAAGUUCGGGAGCCGGAACCGGAAACGCGUCGUCGAACCGGAGAAACGCCACCGCGGUCGAACCGGUGCGCGGCGUGUGUGUGUGCGUCAGUGCGUUUCCGUUGGUGUUCGAUUUGGAUUCGAAAAAUUCAACUUCUGAGAGGUGAUUGUUCCAUCAGUUUCAAUCCUGAUUCGAAAAAUGCGCGGGCUGAUUCGCGAGUGUAAACCCAUCGGAGGAUCCUACGGUAUCCGAGUUGAAACCGGUGAUGCGACAUGACGAUACGCUAGUGACGCAAUCGGAACCACGUGUCAGUGCGGGAAGACGGAUGAAAAUGUGACUGGUUCGAUCAACCGUACGAGGAUCAUGAUAGUCCUUCGCUGGAUCACAACGGUUUUCUCAACUUUACUACUUCUACUUUUGCGUGUCGACUUCACCUCGAACGUGCCGAUCCCGUCCACUCCGCUUCUAGAUAAAUCGUACUGGUACGAGGAAGCGCGGCUGGCAAUGAAACUGCGACUGGGAGACCACCGCGACACCCGUCGCGAGCGGGCCAAGAACGUGGUGCUCCUCGUUGCGGACGGCGCCGGGUUGCCUACCUUCACGGCGACGCGCAUCUUCAAAGGCCAGCGACAGGGCAAGCAGGGCGAGAACACCGAAUUGGCCUGGGACAAGUUCCCCGCCGUCGCUCUAGUCAAGACGUACAACCUGGACGCGCAGAUAGGAGAGUCGUCUGCAUGCGCCACCGCGCUGAUGUGCGGCGUCAAAGCAAACUUCGAGACGGUCGGAUUAGACGCCGGGGGCAAGUUCGAGAACUGUUUCUCGACCACACCUUCCAAAGUGGAUUCUUUGAUCAACUGGGCGCAGCAAGAAGGGAAAUCCACUGGGAUUGUGACGAACACGCGGAUAACGCACGCGACGCCGGCGGCGCUGUACGCCCACUCGGCGUCCCGCUACUGGGAGGACGACGCCAAGAUCCCGCCGGCCUCCCGCAAGUCCUGCAAGGACAUCGCCCGCCAACUCGUCGAGGACGAGCCUGGCAGGAACAUAAACGUGGUGUUGGGCGGCGGACGGCGGCACUGGCUGCCCAAGGUGGCGACGGACCCUCAGUCGACCAAGGACGAGGGCCGACGUUUGGACGGGCGGAAUCUCAUGGAGGACUGGCUCCGGGAUCGCAAACGAAGGGGCAUUCCCGCCGAGUACGUCUGGAACAAAACUCAGCUCGACAACGUCAGCCCUCUGCACACCGACCACUUACUAGGCCUUUUCGCGUAUUCUCACAUGAACUUCGAGGCAGAUCGUGACAAGGGCCCAGACGGCGACCCUUCUUUGACGGACAUGACGCUCAAGGCAGUUUCGAUUUUGUCACGAAACCCCAGGGGAUUUUUCCUCUUCAUUGAGAGCGGUCGGAUAGACCACGCUCACCACUACAACAACGCGUACAGAGCCUUGGACGAGACGCUGCAACUGGAGACGGCGUUGCUGGCGGUCAUGUCUCUUGUCAAUCAGACGGAGACGCUGUUCGUAGUCACGUCGGACCACUCGCACGUCAUGACACUUGGAGGCCUUUCCACAUCCCGGGGCAACCCCAUCCUCGGCGUGGACAGUAAGGUGUCGGACGUGGACGGUCUGCCGUACACGACGCUGCUCUACGGCAACGGGCCGGGGCACCAGUCGCCGCGGAUCCUCCCGUCGAACGCCACCGUCGGCGACCCCAACAUCGUCCAGAGCGCGGCCGUCCCGCGGCGCUGGGCCACCCACGGCGGCGAGGACGUCCCGCUCUUCGCCAAGGGCCCGCUCGCCGCCGCCCUCUUCUCCGGCACCCUCGACCAGAGCUACAUCCCGCACGCCGUCGCCUUCGCCGCCUGCCUCGGCCACCACCGCCGCCGGUGCCAGGCCCCCGCCUCCCCUCCCGGCCACGCCCCCAACCAGACCGCCACCACCGUCUCCUACUCGCAGCCUAUACAGGCGUGCGCACCUCCCGAUCCAAGCAGUGCCUCAGAACCCGGCCACAGCAAGGCCGGAGCCGCGAAAGUGUUGGCCAGCAGCGAGCUGAGCGAAAACCACGCCUCCAUCCACCAAACACUCAUCAAAAACAUAACCCUGUACUUAUUAAUACUAACCUAUUUGCACAAUGCCAUCACGUAACGAAAGCCCAAGAACUUAGCAUAAAAUUGUACAUGUUGUGAAUUGUUUAUAAGAAUUACUUUAAUAAAGAUGUAAAUGAUUUUUCUAGUUAA